UCCCAUGUUCGGCCGACGAAUUUCGGACGAGCGAUCGUCCCUUAUAUGUUGACCGGGUCCACCCACACGGCGAUUGUCUGUUAAACUCCUAAUCCCGCUAACUUGGACUACCACAUUUUGUUGGCCUGACUGUGAUUACAGGCAACUUUGUCCUUGUCGGCUUCGUGCAUGAGAUUCUUGGUUUUGCUCCACGGCCCUAACGGAUAUAAGCAGAGGACAUGGGUAAACCUGCCCUGGAAUUGUUAUAUCCGCAGUCCAGCAGAUAUUUAAUACGGGCCAUUCUUCCUACAAUGCUUUGGAUUAAACAAAGUCAGGAGUUCAGAAACCAGCUUUGAACCGCGACGCCCAACACUCUCAUCAUGGACAGCCCACUCCAUCCACACAGCGAGAAAACCCACCAUGGUGCCAACACUACCGAUGAUGUCCGCACGAUCACCGGAUUUCGCUGGUUUCUUAUCUGCGCAGCUCUAUAUCUCUCCGCCCUGAUAUACGGCCUCGACACGACCAUCGCUGCAGACGUGCAAGGCGCGGUAAUCGGGACUUUCUCGGAUGUGUCGCAGAUGGCCUGGAUCGGGGCGGGUUUCCCUCUCGGUUCCGUGGCAGUGAUCCUCCCAUACGGCUUCCUGUACACCACCAUGAACAUGAAAUGGCUCUACAUCGCCGGAAUCGUACUCUUCCAGGCCGGAUCCACCCUUUGUGGCGCCGCCCCGACCAUGAGCACCCUGAUUGUCGGCCGUGUCAUUGCAGGUGCCGGAGGAACAGGUAUCUACCUGGGAGGCCUCAACCACUUCUCCGCCAUGACGACCCGUCAUGAACGCGGCACCUAUCUCACCGGCACUGGUUUUGUCUGGGGCGUGGGGGCCAUUCUCGGUCCUGUCGUAGGGGGCGGUUUCUCCGACUCCUCCGCCACCUGGCGCUGGGGCUUCUACCUGAACCUGGUGAUUGGAGCCAUCACUGCCCCAGUAUAUCUCUUCUAUCUACCAGCCAUCCAUCCCGGUGCCGGCCAAUCGCUCCGAAAUUGCCUUCUCCAUCUUGACUACAUCGGCUUUAUCCUCAGCGCAGGCAUGUGGGUAACCUUCACCCUAGUCUUCAUCUCAGCCGGAGGCAUCUGGACCUGGGACUCCGGCGCCACAAUCGCCCUGAUCAUCAUUUUUGCAGUGCUAUUUAUACUCUAUGCCCUCCAACAGUACUUCUGCAUCUUCACCACAGCCUCCACCCGCUCCUUCCCGGGUCAUCUCCUUCGCUCCCGUACCCAAAUCCUCCUCUACAUCACCACCACCUGCGCCAACACGGCCAUGUUCUUCACAGCGUUCUACAUACCGAUAUACUUCCAAUUCACCCGCAACGAUACCUCCCUGAUGGCCGCCGUGCGUCUCCUCCCGUACCUCCUCGUGACCAUUACAACAAACCUAGCUAUCGGCUUCCUUCUCCCAAAGAUAAAAUACUACAUGCCGCUAUGUCUCAUCUCCGGCGUCCUCCUCACCCUAUCAAGCGCUCUUUUCGUCAGCUAUUUAUCUCCCACAACCCCAGCGGGACAAAUUUACGGCUUCACUAUCCUAAUGGCUGUUGGAACAGGAAUCACCAUGCAGCUCGGCUACGCCGUCGCCAGUCUCAAAGUCCCAGCCGGUGAUGUUUUCAGCGCGAUCAAUCUACAAAAUGUCGCGCAGAUCGGCUCCACGGUAAUAUGCCUGGUGAUUGCGAGUCAGGUGUUUCAGUCGACUGCAGUUCAGAAUUUGAAUUCUGUCUUGAAGGGGCAGGGGUUCAGCGAAAUCGAGAUCCAUAACGCAGUGGCGGGGGCACAGAGUACAUUGUUCCAGAGCUUGAGCGGAGAGUUGAGGGAGAAAGCAAUCCGAUCAAUCACGGAUGCGAUGGCCAGGGCGUUUAUUAUUCCGUUGGUGGCGGGGGCGGUGGGGGUGGUUAGUUCGUUGGGGAUGAAGAGGGAGAGAUUAUUUGAGGACGAGGAGAGAGAGGUUAUCUGUGUAGGGGCCUGAGGGAUGGAUGUGGAGGGAUAGUCGAUAGAAUAGUUGGUAGGGCAUUGAUGUAAUUUCAGUCCAGGAGAGAAUGUGUUGGAAAC